AUUAUUAUUCUUGUUAUUUUCAUUUAUUAUACAACGUUUUUCGUUCCCUCUUUUUCUUGUAAUACCUUGUCAUAUCCUCUGCAGUCAUUGACGGAACAUUUUAUCGCCUAUACUCCCACCCAUGUAAUACAUAUGUAUGUUAUUACACGACCGCGUCACAGUUGCUUUGCAAUUGAUUCGCAACACUGACGGAAGCAGUGGAUCUUGUAUAUUACUGCGUUGAUAAAUGUGUGUCACAAUACGGUUGAUCGUUUGACUUGGCAGUCGACUGUACACGAAGGACAAACAACACGCUGCUAUUAUAGUUAUUUUAUUGCCUAUGGGCUACCGGCUUUAUUUUAUAAAUAGGUGACAUCAGUUUCAAACACAUAUUAAGCAUAAUGACUAAUCAAGCAGAUAGAGUGGUUUUAAUAACAAAAUCUAAAACGCUCACAUCAACUGUACUCGUAAUCGAACGCCAAGCCGAUAACAACAAUGAGCACAAUGAAAAAAACGAAUAUCUGGCUGGUGGAGAACACAGUGGUAUCGUGAUCAGCAAAAUUGGGAAAUACGUAGAUAUUCAAGACGAAACACCCGAAGAUACAUCGGUGCAGUUUUGCGUUUUUCUGGUUAACGGUCAAACGGGUUUACACACCAAAGAAAGACGUACCAUAAGAUUUUGGUGUAAUGGAGAUGAAACAGUUGACGCCUCAGCAGUGGCGUCUCAAUUCUUUCAAGACUUAGUCUUACCAGAUCAAUUUCCUCUUGAUUAUGUUGGUUUCGUAAAAAGAUUACUGACUUUAAUGCACAAAAGCUACAAAUGUGUGUCAAAACUAGAAAUUGAAUUAAAACAAUUGGAAAGAAUGGCAGUAGGACCUGUAAAUCAAGUUUCUGUUGAAGGCUCGAAAUUAAAUUUGGAUAUAUCACAGACUAAAUUACGUGAAUUGAUCGAAUCUUCAUAUCCUAACCCACUAACUAUUGACGAUAUUAACAAAAAACGCGGAUGGAAGAACGAAGACAUAAAAGACAAUUUAGAGAAAUUACAACAAUCUGGAAUCGUUAAGCCUGUCGAUGGUGGCUACACAAGAGUCGUCCUCCACGACAAGAUUGUAGAACAAAUGCCUGUCAUUCAGUAUAAUCGGCAACCAACUGUUGCCAUCAUCACAGCGGAGUAUUGCGAAAAAGUAGCAGUUGAUACGUUGAUCGAUAAUAAAGAAACAUUUGUACGAUACACCACUGUUGGAGARUCGAAUGUUUACACGAUUGGAAAAAUGGGAAACCACAUUGUAGUUUGUACCAAACUUCCCGCAUUGGGUUUAAGCAGAGAAGCUACAACAGCAGCUGGAAAUGCUAUAACUCGCUUAUUAGGUACGUUUCAAAAAGUUGAACACGUUUUUGUAUGUGGCGCUGGUGGCGGUGUACCACAUUAUACAAAUUAUGACAAACAUGUGAAACUGGGAGACGUUGUCGUGUCUCACUGUGGAAACAACCAAAAAGCCGUUUAUACAUACUGCAAAAAUGUCACCAACGAAAACGGAGACGUGAAAUUCCAUUGUCAUCAAUAUAGUCCAAAAAUAUUUGAUUUACAAAUAGCKGCAAUGAAAUUACAAACUGAAGUAAAAUCGAUUGACAAAAAGCCUUUAUGGGAUAUUUAUCUAAGUGAAGGUUUAAGUAAGAUUGAAAAACAAAAAACCGAUAAUGAAUCUGAUUUUAAUCGACCACCAGCGGAUUCAGAUAAACUUCAAAUGUACAUUGGAGGAACAGAACUAAUUGAAAUUACUCAUCCCAUUUGCAAUGAUAAGGACAAUAAUUUAGGGACAAGAUUACAUGUUGGUCCCAUUGGUGGUGGUCAAAGUGCUAUAUCCAAUGCGUUCACUAGACAAAAAUUUGCUGCAGAGUACAAAUUACUGGCCAUGGAUUCAGAAUUUGACUCUGUUAUGGGUUCACUAAUGGGAAACUAUUGUCAUUCUUAUGCUAUUGUUAGAGGAAUUUCAGACUAUAAACAUGGAUCAGUAAAAAACAAAUGGCAACCUUAUGCCUCUUUAGCUGCAGCAUCUGUUAUUAAAGCAAUAUUAUCGAUAACCAAUGUAUCAACUAAAUAAAAUUAUUUACAUUAUGAAAUAAUCUUAGCAUAAAAUAGGCUUAUUUUUGAAGACUUUCUAAUUUAAAAAUAUUUGUUUUAUAAUAUGGGUUUGUUGUUCCAAGUAAAACAUGAUAGAAUUCAAACUAUUUUUACAAAUCUGUAUACAUUAGGUCAGUAGUAUAAUAUAAUAGUACAAAAUAUUAUUUUAUCUUUAUAUGGUUAUAAUUUUGUAUACAACAGUAUAUGGCUUUGUAACUUCUAAUUUAUUGGCAUAUUCGUGCAUCAUGAUUUUUGAAUAUU